AUGAAAAUGAAGAUGCUUCGCCUCCGGAGCCCCAGCGUCUCCUCGCUCGGCCCCGAGCUCCGCUGCACGGUGCGCCUCCUGGACGACUCCGAGAUCUCCUGCAGCAUCCAGAGAGACACAAAAGGGCAGUUUCUACUGGAUCAUGUGUGCAACCACUACAGUCUGCUGGAGAAGGACUACUUUGGCAUCAGAUAUGUGGACCCAGAGAAGCAGAGGCACUGGCUGGACCCCAGCAAACCUGUGGUCAAACAGAUGAAAUGUCAGCAGCCCUACACCAUGUGCUUUCGGGUCAAGUUCUACCCCCAGGAGCCGAUUAAGAUCAGGGAAGAAUUGACAAGAUACCUGUUGUACCUCCAGCUGAAGAGAGAUCUGUACCAUGGCAGACUCCUGUGUCCGUUUGCAGACGCUGCUUACCUUGGAGCCUGUAUAGUUCAAGCUGAGCUCGGAGACUAUGAUGCAGAUGAGCAUCCAGCUGACUACAUCAGCGACUUCAAGCUGUUCCCCAAGCAGAGCCUCAAACUGGAGCGCAAGAUCAUGGAGAUCCACCAGAAUGAGCUGAGGGGUCAGUCUCCAGCCCUGGCUGAACUGAACCUGCUUCAGAGAGCUCACACACUCGACACGUAUGGGGUCGACCCACAUCCCUGCAAGGACUUCACAGGGACAACAGCAUUUCUUGGAUUCACUGCCCGGGGCUUCAUGGUUUUCCAGGGAAACAAGCGGAUCCACUUGUUGAAAUGGGCUGAUGUCAGCAAAUUUAAGUUUGAAGGAAAAACAUUUUACGUGAUUGGAGUACAGAGAGAGAAGAAACUUGUUUUGACAUUCCACACCUCCACACCAGCAGCCUGUAAACACCUUUGGAAAUGUGGCGUGGAAAAUCAGGCAUUUUACAAAUGUGCAAAAUCGAGUCAGAUUAAGACCGUCUCCAGCAGCAGUAUAUUUUUCAAAGGGACCAGAUUUCGCUACAGUGGUCGUGUUGCUAAAGAGGUGAUAGAAGCCAGUUCAAAGAUCCAGAGAGACCCUCCGGUCGUUCACAGGUCUCAGUUGGGCCAGAGCAGGAGCUAUAACUCCCUCAGCCAUAAACAACUCAUAAUGAACAUGGAGCCUCUACUACCAGCACUGAGCUCAACCAAGGAACACAGGGACACCUCCGCGGAUAAUGGCCUGCUGGCUCUGAAAGACUCCGUUCACCUAUCUCCCCUGAAGUCGUCCGUCACACCAGAAGAGGUGGAGCUGGAGGAAAGAGACAAUCAUGUCCACGAGCUGGGAGAGGAGGAGUCGGCCAUUACUGGGACGGGAGCAGAGGUAGAGAGGAGAGAGCAGGAGGUAGAGGAGGGUGAGGAAAUGGGUUCUCUCACCAUUUCUGACAUGGCCUAUAGCCCAUGCGCCAGUAUGCUCCCCACUCCUGUAGAAGAAGGGCAGGGCGGAGUGGACUUUCUAUUCCAAAGCCCUGGCCGCUUGCUGAAAGAACUCCACGCUGACCCCGAAAUGCAGGCGGAGCUUCAGGCCGAGAGGGAGCGGGAAUUGGCCAGAGAGGCCCUCCGUCAGUCGCUGUGCAGCCCGUCCAGUGGACGGCAGCAGCUUGGUGCCUGCAUCCGCAGCGCCGCCCGCCUGGUUGCUGCAGCUACAGUCAUCCUCCUGAUCUUACUACCCCUGCUGCUGGUGUUGCUGGAGUCUGACUUGGACGUCUCCUUCCUGCAGGACAUCCGCCAGACACCUGAAUUUGAGCAGUUCCAUUACGAAUACUACUGCCCCUUGCGCAGAUGGUUCCUCUGCAAGCUUGAGCUCCUGAUGGAGCAGCUGUGGGGAGACUGAGGCUAAUAUCUAACGGCUAAUGGCCCUCCAUCAGCAGGGAUGAACUAACGGGACAUGGGGGGAGGGUGGGUGAACUGAAGAGGAAGGAAGGUUUGGUCUCAUCCAUCACGCUGUUUCUUUCAACUCACACCUCAAGGCCGGAUUCACCCCUAAUUAUAACCGGAUGCAAAGCCAUGAAUGGGUGGAUAUUACAGAAACUGCAAGUGCAACUGAGUUGUAAGCGUCAGAUUUUCAUUAAGUUUUGAGUUGCAGUAUUGUAGUGGUAGCAGUGUAAAACAGAUCAUUUGUAGCAGAAAUACGCAGUUAAGCUUCAGAUGUCCGAGGGUUAGUAGCGUUUUAUAAUAAUGAAAGGUUAUCUAGUUCUGAUUAACUUAAUAACCAGUAGCUAUAUCCAUGUUAUGAAGAACUAGAGAACUACAAGCUACAUUUUCACGCUUUCCAUAACAAGUGUACAUAUCCCUACAUCAGUUCAUUUUUUCAGGCCUGCGCUCACUGUCGCAUCAACAGCUUCGUUCAUAAAAUAGAAUGGGGCUCACAAGACUGAGACAAACCUUCCCUUCCUCCAUAAAGCCACAGCCUUUAGACUCAUCUGUGUGUUUAAAACGAGAGUAAGGGCAAGAGAGAUGUACUGAAACUUAAUCUGUUUUUAAAAUUUUAUACAUUUUUAUGUAAGCUUACUAUUACUGGUAUUUUUCAGCAAGAAAACCUGAGUUAUCUUAUUUAAACAGAUUUAUUCUGGCUGGGUGUUUGGAGAGAAGCGAAAUAUUUUUAUCGAUGAAUACACUUAUAUGACCUCAGUGGGUCUUGAUGUGGGUUUUCUUAUACGGAAUAGCACAAUAUUUAAAAUAAAAGACUUCUUUUUUCAGAUUACCUGAUGUCAUAUGCAGAUGUUGCUCGGAGAAGAUUGAGAGGAUGUGUGUGCAGUUGAAUGAAUAUCAGGUUAAGAAAGGUCAAAGACAGUUCACCUCUGUGUGAGGUGUAGAAUUAGUUCAAAGAUGGAUCACCGUGCAUUACGUUUCAAUGAACUGUAAUGGAAAGAAACAAAUGCAAAGAUUAUACUGAACUGAAAUGAUCCAGAUUACUUCAACAAAUUUUAAUGUAAAGCGAUUCAGUCUAGUGGAGGUGGUAGUACAAGGGCUAAUGACAUUUCUAAUAAACUACAUUAUACAGAGAGAAAACGAAAACAUAUACCACUGUACAUGCAAUCCCUAAUCACUUACAGUGCUGUGCAAAAGUCAGAGACCACCCUUUCAUUUAUAUUCCUUUUCAGUCAUUAAGAACAAGUUAUUAAUUUUACGCAUCAGGAAAACAAGAAAUGUAUAACAGAAAUAUAUUUAACAGAAAAUUACACUGAAAACUCAACAAUUUAAUAUAAUAUAAAACAUUAUGUAUUUAAUG